AUGACCGGCAUAAUCCACGCCUACUACGACUUUGUCUCGCCAUACUCCUACUUUGCAUUCGUGCACCUCCAGCGCCUGCGCGGUGUCCUUGCCAGCCAUGGCGUUUCAGUCGAAAUCCAUCCCAUCUUCCUGGGCGGCAUCAUGAACGGCUCCGGAAACACACCUCCCUGGCAAAUCGCCGCAAAAUCCAAGUAUGGCCAACUCGAACUCCGCCGCGCAAUUCGCUACUUUGAUGUCCCGCCCUUUGAGCCGCCGAGUUUUUUCCCAAUUCUGACGAUACUCCCCCUCCGCGCAAUCACGUACAUAAAACAGACCCAGACCCGAGAGACAUUCGAGGCCGUGUUCGGUCUGUAUUGGAAAUGGUUCUUCUACCAGCAUCGCGAUUUGUCGAAGCCAGACGUGUUGCAGACAUGUCUUUUGGAGGAGUUCUCCGCCGAGCAGGUGCGUGCGAUUAUGCAUGCCGCGGGCGAGCGCAAGUGGAAGGACGAGUUGACUGCGAGGACGCAGGAGGCUCUUGACAGAGGCGCGUUUGGGGCGCCGUUUUUUUGGGUUGUGAAGACUCCUCCUUCUUCUGCUCUUGAUGGGGAGGGAGAGGGGGCUGCGUUUUGGGGGAGUGAUCGGUUUCAUCAUAUGUGGGAUUUCCUGGGUUUGCCGUGGGAUGAUUUUAAGCUGCAUGCUAGCAGUGACGCUAAAUUGUGA